UUAGGCCCUUUAAUGUUGAUGUUGAGAGGUAUCAGAAAAAAUGUCGCAUCAGUGUUCGAUUGAGGCAUUUAACAAGGUGAUUAAUACAACCGAGGAAAAGUUAAAGAUUCUGCGCCAAAAUAUUGUGAUUGCAACGAUUGACUAGCACCCAACUGAACAGAUUAUUGACAACACAACGAUGAAGUGACUGUACGACGUAGAGAGGGCAAAAAGCCAGGACACAUAAAACAUACACACACGUGUGGCAAGAAAACGUACACAAGAAAAAGGGCGAUAUUGCGAAACCCAACUCGCUUGUCCACGUGAUUAAAGGGUCGAUAAGAUGUGGAUAGGCGUUUCCUAACAUACACACACGAGCAGGAAAUUGUGACACAACUUCCUGAUUAAGACGCAAGCACAAUAGUUUCACACACGGCAUAUGUCAAAUGUGGUACAGGCAUGUUAUAUUAUUCAAUCUAAAGACCUCAGUAAAUUUGGAAUAAAUUAAAUAAGUUAAAUCUACCGCUUUCACACGUCGAUCGCUACACCACAAAGCGGUUUGGACGACGUUUUAUUGUAUGAGGGAAAGCAACAUCAGACCAGCAGACUACAAACAGUGUUGUUGCAAGGAGCACACAUCUAAAAUCCUAUUAUCUUAAAUGUACGUGACGUUAUGGUAGUUUGAAAUGUUUAUAUGAACGGAUUUGCAAAAGUUCAUGAAAAAAUACUAUUCAGCCCUAUGGUUAUACAUGUAAUAAAAACAGUAUUCACUUUGAAUAACAACGAUAUUAUAAACUAUAAGGCAAUGUUAUACAUCGCCUUAUGAAUGGUGAAUGUUAAACUUCUCACGGUUACUUUUAUAUAUGCACAAAUAUUUACUUUUAUAUAUGCACAAAUAUUUGCUAAGCACAAGAAAGGUUAACUUUAAAGAACAAGUGUGCUAUUACUAGGUGCUUAUACAUUCAUUUGGAAUGAAUAUAGCAGCAAUAUAUUUAACAUUUUAUCAGUAUAGUUUUACCGGCAGGGCGGCAGGUUAUUUUUUGCGAUUUACACCAGUUUAUAUUUUCUGUUGUUAUCAGAUCAACCAAAGCGAUCAGAUUUGGGCAAUAAAAAAAAUCAGCUGUCUUGUUUUAAGAUAGGAAAAAAUGGAGUUACUAUUCAACUACAUAGACGGAGUCGAUAAUUUCCUAAACGAUCAGUGGCUGAAAAUUUUGUUGCUGUUUAAUCAUGACGACAGGUUGAUGUUUACUUUUGGGACUUCUUUGGUUCAUACUGUUUCGUUCUUGAUCGGAAAUUUAUUCUACAUGUAUGUAGAUUGUACUGGAAAACCAGCAUGGAUGCUCAAAUAUAAAAUACAAAAAGAUAAGCAUUUUCCGGUCGAGCCACGUCGGUUCUUCUGGUGCUGCGCUGUAGUUUUAUUCAAUGAAAUUCUCUCCUGUGUUCUCAUCUAUCUCUCUUAUCCAAUCAUGAAAUACACCGGCAUGUCAUGUGAUCAACCUGUACCACAACUCUGGAAGAUGUAUCUGCUUUAUAUGGGUUUCGGAUACUUAAACGAUGCCUCGUUCUUUUUUUUACACAGGUUAAUGCACCAUCCUUCCAUUUACAAGUACUGUCACAAAAUGCACCACGAGUGGAUAGCACCCAUCAGUAUUGCUGCUGUAUACUCUCAUCCGAUCGACCACAUUUUCGCCAACUUUGUGCCUUACUUUAUCGGACCUAUUCUACUUGGAUCUCAUCUUUCUCUUGUCUGGUGGUGGAUUGCAAUUGCUCAAAUAGAUACUUGUGGUCACCAUAGCAACUACCAUCUUCCAUUUUUAUCUUCUCCUCAAUAUCACAACUACCACCACGUUAAGUUCAGACAGAACUUUGGAGAAAUUUCAUGGGACUGUUUUUACAAAACUAAUUUGCUCUUUCAAAAGUCAAUUGAAGCAAAAAGAGAUAAAACUUUCUACUGCCUUACUCCUAUUGAUGUACAGUAUCCCGAUGAAACGGAUAAAAACAAAAGUGAAUAGGGGCAUUUUUGUGACGACGCUAAAUUGUUUGGAGUAUGUAUUAUAUACAAAAUGACUGUAGUUGAAAUAUUACUUUAAUUAAGGUUUAGUGCUAUAUAGUUUUGCUGUGGGGUGAAACGGGACACCUUCAACACGUAAUAUCUAAAUAUCCUGAUCGUGUUUUAGUCAAUUAAGAACGGUCUAUGGGAGACGUGAGAAUACGAUUUUAUAAUUCUUUGAGGGUUUUUUGUUUACUACCAAAUAAUACGAAAACAUAGAAUGAAAGGUGUCCAAUCAUUUCCAAUCCUACUCUAGUAAAUUGGAUCUAUGGUGACAGUUCAUAGUGGAGACAUUUCGUGUCUCAUAUUUCCAAAUAUCUAUCAGAGUUAAUGUAUGACGCAUUAUUAACUAUAUUUGUCCUCGUUCACACACAAGCCGACCUAUUUGGCUGACCCAUUGGUAACGUGUGAAACCGGAAGCAUGUAUGAUCACUGCAGUGCCGCAAAAUGUUAUAUAUACUGUUUUAGAUAUGGAGUUGAGCGAAGCUAACACUUGUUUGGGAUAUUGCAGUUCGGGCGGUAUUCGCUUGUACAAAUUAACCGUCUUAUAAUUUUAUAUAUGUAUUCUAUUUGAAUAAGGUACUGAAUAAGUAGUCAUGCCAACUGUUGCAACUUAUAUAUAUCGUCGCAUACGAAUUAACAAUGAAGAUAUAAUCAGAUACUGUUCGAGUCAUUGCAACACAGAUUUAACACUGGCCGAGUCGUCCUUGUAAUCGAGGCUAGAUA